AUGAUUCAGCAUGUCACCACAGCUUCAAAGAAAGGAUUAGAAAAUGGUGGUGCUUCUGUAAAUCAUGUAGUGAAGGAAGUUGCUGGUGCAGGAGAUGCUACAGGACAUGGUAAUCCCAUUGCUCUAUCUUGCUUUCAACAUUAUGAUAGUAGAUAUUGGAUUAUAGAUUCAGGGGCAAGUGACCAUAUAUGCUUUGAUAAAAUGUCUUUUAACACACUCACUGAAGUGAAACCAAUUAGUGUUAAAUUAACUAAUGGUAUUAUCAUCAAAACAUGCUAUGUUGGAACUGUUAGAAUCACACAAACCAUUCUCUUGACACAUGUUCUCUUUGUUCCUGAAUUCACAUACAACUUAGUUUCAGUAAAUAAGCUAGCAAGGGAACAUGAUGUUGAUGUGAUUUUUGGCAAAUUUCACUGUUUUGUUCAGGAAGUGCAAACCAAGAGGAGGAUUAGUUUGGGUAGUUUGCAGCCUGAUGAACUCUAUCACCUUGUAGUUAGUAGUUCGUCUAGUACCUGUGUUUCAAUUCAGCAUAGUUCUAUUUCUGAAAUAAAUGACUUUAGUCAUAUUAUCCCACCUGGUGCUUUAUGGCACUUUAGCUGGUUUGUUUGGGUUGUAUUAUUCAAUAACAAGGGUGAGGUUCAGCAACAAGUGAAGAAUUUCAUCACAUUGGUCAGGACUCAGUUUGGACAGACAGUAAAAGCUAUCAGAAGUGACAAUGGGCCAGAGUUCCUUCUUCCUGCAUUUUAUUCUGCUCAGGGAAUUGUUCAUCAAAGAUCUUGUUCCCAACUACCUAAGAAGAUGUGGCGCUACUCUGUGUUGCAUGAUGUAUUCCUUAUGAAUAGGAUACCAAGUAAGCUUUUGAAGAUCAAGUCACCGUAUGAGCUGCUAUAUAGAGAGGUAGUGGAUAUGGAAAUGAUGAAGGCAGAGUCUACAGGUGACAAACUGAAUGUUGCUCCAGAAACUCAAUCAGUUGAAAGAGAUGAGAGUGAGUCUCCAAGUGCUUCUAUUGAAGAUGUAGCACAUAAUGAGAUAACCUCAAAUGCUUCCAUUGAAAUCCCUGGUACUCAAAUAGUAUAUGAAAUUCCUGAACCUGGUUCAAUCAUAGUUGAAGGAGAGGUUGAAGUUAGAAGAUCCACAAGACCACUCAAAAGACCUGUACAUUUGGCAAAUUUUCAAUAUAGUUCUUUACCUACUUGCAGUAGCACUACACACAGUAGUAUUCAUCACUAUUCUAAUGAAAGGUUGUCUAUUGCACACAAAACUUAUGCUCUCAACAUUGCUCAAGAUCAGGAGCCUUCUACUUUUGCAGAAGCAAACAAAGAUUUACACUGGCAUGAAGCCAUGCAAAAAAAUUUAAAGCACUUGAGAGAAAUGCUUGAUGUAGACAAUGCCUUCUUGCAUGGAAAAUUAGAUGAAGAUGUGUAUAUGAAUACACCAGCAGGGGUGCCUUCUAUAAAGCCAAAUCAAGUCUGCAAAUUAUUGAAGUCUCUUUAUGGACUUAAGCAAGCUAGCCGAAAGCGGUAUGAAAAAUUAUCAGCUCAUUUAGAAGCCCUUGGUUUUACAAAAACUGCAUCAGAUCAUUCUCUCUUUGUUAAAUACCAAGGCUCUUCUUUCACAAACUUGCUGGUAUAUGUGGAUGAUGUGAUACUAUUUGGUAACACCAUGACUGAGUUUCAGUCAGUCAAGGACUCUCUUCAUCCGGCUUUUGGAAUCAAGGAUCUAGGAGUGUUGAAGUAUUUUCUUGGUCUUGAAGACCUAUCGCAGCGGUUUAAUUUUCGCUACAUUAAACAGCAGGUGAAAUCUGGUGCUAUUGCAGCGGUUUCGUCCGUUGGGAAAGAUGCCAGGGCUAUUCAGAUGCUGAUUGGGCAGGAUACUCAGAUACAAGGAGGUCUAUUUCAGGCUAUUGUUUCUACUUCGUCUUUGGAUCUUAAAGUCACUUGCACUGCAACACCAGUUCUGUUAUGUGACAACCAAAGUGCACUUCACAUUGCUGCAAAUCUUGUUUUCCAUGAGAAAACCAAGCAUUUAGACAUUGAUUGCCAUGUGGUUCGAGAAAAGCUGCAAGGUGGAAUUCUCAAGUUGCUACCUAUUCCUACAGCACUACAAGUUGCAGAUGUUUUUACUGUAACAUCCCGAUCUGACGACUGA